UCCCAGUUCCUCCUGCCCUGGGUUCCUCUUUCUGGAGCAGGUCAGUCCAGACAAAACCAAGGCCUCCUCUCUGUGAGGAGUGCAGAAACAUAGUGUUCAAAAUGCCUGCUGAAAUGCAAGCCCCUCAGUGGCUCCUGCUGCUACUGGUUAUCCUGCCAGCCACAGGCUCAGACCCUGUGCUCUGCUUCACCCAGUAUGAGGAGUCCUCUGGCAGGUGCAAAGGCCUACUUGGGAGAGACAUCAGGGUAGAAGACUGCUGUCUCAACGCUGCCUAUGCCUUCCAGGAGCAUGAUGGUGGCCUCUGUCAGGCAUGCAGGUCUCCACAAUGGUCAGCAUGGUCCUUAUGGGGGCCCUGCUCAGUUACAUGUUCUGAGGGGUCCCAGCUGCGACACAGGCGCUGUGUGGGCAGAGGUGGUCAGUGCUCUGAGAAUGUGGCUCCUGGAACUCUUGAGUGGCAGCUACAGGCCUGUGAGGACCAGCCAUGCUGUCCAGAGAUGGGUGGCUGGUCUGAGUGGGGACCCUGGGGGCCUUGCUCUGUCACAUGCUCCAAAGGAACCCAGAUCCGUCAACGAGUAUGUGAUAAUCCUGCUCCUAAGUGUGGGGGCCACUGCCCAGGAGAGGCCCAGCAAUCACAGGCCUGUGACACCCAGAAGACCUGCCCCACACAUGGGGCCUGGGCAUCCUGGGGCCCCUGGAGCCCCUGCUCAGGAUCCUGCCUUGGUGGUGCUCAAGAACCUAAGGAGACACGAAGCCGCUCAUGUUCUGCACCAGCACCUUCACACCAGCCCCCUGGGAAACCCUGCUCAGGACCAGCCUAUGAGCAUAAGGCCUGCAGUGGCCUACCACCUUGCCCAGUGGCUGGUGGCUGGGGGCCAUGGAGCCCUUUGAGCCCCUGCUCUGUGACUUGUGGCCUGGGCCAGACCCUAGAGCAACGGACAUGUGAUCACCCUGCACCCCGUCAUGGGGGCCCCUUUUGUGCUGGUGAUGCCACUCGGAACCAAAUGUGUAACAAAGCCGUACCUUGCCCUGUAAACGGGGAGUGGGAGGCCUGGGGAAAAUGGAGUGACUGCAGCCGGCUGAGAAUGUCCAUCAACUGUGAAGGAACCCCAGGCCAGCAGUCACGUUCAAGGAGCUGUGGCGGCCGCAAAUUUAAUGGGAAGCCAUGUGCUGGAAAACUCCAGGAUAUUCGACACUGCUAUAACAUCCAUAACUGUAUCAUGAAAGGUUCAUGGUCACAGUGGAGUACCUGGAGUCUGUGCACACCACCAUGUAGUCCCAACGCCACCCGUGUCCGCCAGCGCCUCUGCACACCUUUGCUCCCCAAGUACCCGCCUACAGUUUCAAUGGUUGAAGGUCAGGGUGAGAAGAAUGUUACCUUCUGGGGGACUCCACGGCCACUGUGUGAAGCGCUACAGGGGCAGAAGCUGGUGGUGGAAGAGAAACGGUCAUGUCUACAUGUGCCUGUCUGCAAAGACCCAGAAGAGAAGAAACCCUAAAAUCCCUUGCUUCCAUUCUGACCCCCUGACUUUCUAGACCACAAUAAACCAGCCUUUCUAGACUCUUUCUAAGAUUCUGUAAUGACGAAGGGGGAACCUGCCCCCAAUAUUGGAAGUGGGGCAAUAGAAUUUUCUAGAGC